ACCAACUUUACUGUAGACGGCUUUUCUGUAUUUUAGGAGCUUCUAAGCGACCAAAGUGACCGUCGGUCCUCACGCCCUGCAGGCUGCACUGCUGGACCAACUUCCCUUCAGUGUUUCACAGCCUGCACAUUAAACAGCUGAUGGCGCAUUCAUGAACUGAAAGCGGCUUCGAGUGUCACUGUGGACACAAAAGGGGAAACUGAACUCGUCACAAAGGAAACUCCCACAGAGUUCUCGGCAGUGUUCACAGGGAGCUGACUGACAAGAAGGAAGAAAUGGCGACGAGCAGACAAAGGAGCAGCAGCGUUCGACGGCCGAGGUAGCGUCCAUCACAUGUGAGAGGGAGAUAAGAGCCGGCGGAUGUGUGGCGACAGACAGGAAGACGGCCGGCUCUGUGGUUUCUACACUAUUUCUAGUGAAUGGACUCAUCCUGCGCUCACACCAACACCGACCUCUCUGUCACCAGCAGACCUCCUGAUGCUGUCAACAGUCGCCAUCAUACCAGCAACGAUGCGGCGCUUCUGGGUUCUUCUGCUUUGGUCAGCGCUGCCUAAUGCGGUUCUGUUCUCCGGUCCAGAGUUCUGUCCCAUCAACGACAGCAGCGGCUCGCAGAGCAUGUCUCCGGCGCUGGAGUCCGUACGAUGCCACAACGACUACGAGUCCCACGUCCUCUGCAGGUGGAGGAAGCACAAAGACACCACUCUGGAGCUCUGGUUCCAGACGGAGGACGGCAGGGCGCUGUGUGAGCCCGACCAGGCUGCAGGUCCAGCUGAAGGCAGAACCGCCCACUGUAGAUACGAUACGCGGCUGUUUGGCAUCAGCGUCAGUCACACCGUCUUCUUCCUGCAGAACGAGACGCUGAGCGACUGCUCUUCUGUCAGACACACGACUCUGGAUCUUUUCCAGCGCUUGAGAGCUCGCCCGCCGGCCAACCUGUCCACACACCAUGAGCGAGGCGGAGGCCGACGGAUCCUCUGGUCCAGUCCCUACCCGUCCUCCUCCUCCCUGAACACCAACCUCACCUAUCAGCUGAGCUACAGGACACACGGGCAGGACGGCUGGACCACUCGGAGUGUCACCACCACCACUGUGAAGCUGGAGAGGCACCUGCUGCUUCCAGGCCACAGGUAUGAAGCCAGGGCUCGGGCCCGGGCCCAUGUGGGCCAGUGGAGCGCCUGGAGCCCGGUGGUGACCUGGCAGACUGAACACGACUUGGGGCAGCUUCCCACUUUGGACUGUGUGCUGGACGGGGAGCGGGAGGCGGAGUGCAGCUGGGAGGUGAGCCGAGACCUGGCUCACUUCAUCACCUACCAGCUGGCCUGUCGACGAGGCCACACCGCGCCGCCUGAGAGAUGCUGUAAGAGCCCGACCGUCAGCCCCGACCACAGCGGGGCGGUGCUGACAUACAGCUGCUCGCUGGCGGUCGCAGGAACCGAACAUCUGCUGCUGGACCUCCAGCCGACAGUCAACGCCAAGACUUUUAAGGCCCACCAACACAUCCGUCCCAAACCGCCACAGCAGCCAAAGGUCAGAGAGAAAGAAGGCAACUGGGUGGUGGAGUGGACCAAGCCGAGCACAGCUCUACAACUGUCCUACCAGGUCUGUUACUACAGGACACAGGAUCAGGGAUCCUCGGUGCCUCUGAACAUUUCCGAGGGCUCCACGUCCGUGACCAUCCUGGGAACAUCCCUCGAGCCUCUCCAGGCCUACCAGGUCAAGGUCAGGUCCCUGCUCGUCCCCGGAGACGGUUCCCGCUAUGAAGGCGUCCCCUCAGAAUGGACUGAUCCAGUGGACUUCACGUCCAAUCAAGCCACCUGGUCCUCCGCCACCCUCAUCUACGUCUUCAUCAGUGUGCUUGUGGCCGCGGGCUUCCUGGUUCUGUACUGCACCGUUCCUGCCUGUCAGAGGAAGGUGGUUCUGUGGGUGGACUCGGUUCCUUCUCCGGGAAAAAGCAAAAUCCUUUCUGAGAUGAAGUCCACCACCAGCGGGACCCUCAUGCAGAGCGAGAAGACAUCCAUCUGCCAAGUGCAACACCUGGACAGCGUGUCGACCUGCUCCUCGGACGCUUUGCUGUGGCCGACCAAGGUCAAUGAAAGACAGCAUCUGGAUCAGGACGAGAGCUGCUGGAACUGUGACGCUCUGUCCUGCCCCGCCGAGAAGGUCCAGGGCUCGGACACGUCCUCUCUGAGCUUCAGCGGACCGUACAUCUUCUGUCAGUCAUCAGAGAAAAUGUCCAAGCCGGUGAACGCCCAGAGUGACGAAGGAGACAAAGAGACGCCGUCGGAUGUCUCUGCAUCUUCUUCUCCUGUCAACUUCACUGUUUUCGGAGAAGGCUACGUGCGCCUGCCGAGGCCCAACGUCUCCAGAUCCACGCAGGAUCUCGUGUCCCACAGCAACGCCAACACGAGCUGGCACGACGGCACCGAGCAGGACCGACACGGCCCCGUCAGCACACCGUGGCAGGCUGAACCGGACCAGCAGCCCGGCCUCCAGGAGCCCACCGGCAGGGAGCAGCCUCCGGAGUACACCUCAGGAGCCUUCAGCGCCUGGCCUCAGACGGCUGCCGUGCAGGCCUCGGGGUACUGCCACCUGCCCACAGCCUGCGGGACUGCAGCCAAGUGAGCAGAUCAAAGAGGACCUGUCGGCAUUCACAGCACACACAAUCAGCCAUUCUCUAUCCUGAGCUUCCACUUUGUUCCACCGUCCUUAUGCUUCUGCAUCACGUCUCAGUCAUGAGCCUCGGGGAUGGGCUGCACCACGGAGAGGAAAAGCUUCCCGUCUUUUUAAACUCAUUCUAAAUGUGGACCAAAGACCUUUCAUCUCAUGUAAUCCAGCAGCAGUCAUGUGCUACGUUUUUUAGUGAACCUGUGUCUGAUCCGAUUCUUCACCGACUGUUGUGCUGUUUUGUGUUUUUAGCCGCAUCAUUUCCUUCCUGCUCGUGUUGCUCCACCUAUGCACAGCGUUUCACACAGGAAGUCCGUAUCCAACCACAGACUCCUGAGAAUCGUGUUGAAAUCUAGUCCUUUUUAUGACUUCCUCAAACUCACUGCCGUGGAAAGAAGCUGGAUUAUGUCAACGGCACUUCACUGGAAAGGUCUGCGUUUGUGCUGACGCUCGUGUUGUCAUGCUCGUGUGCAUGUUUGCACGAGGACGUGUGAGCUGAUGCCCUGUUGUGAAUGUCCUCGUGUGUGUGUGUUAUCUACAUUGUGAUGCAGUGAAACGGUUGCAUGAACCUCUAAACCCCACGAGGUUUCUGGGUGUCUGGUGCUCCUGUCACAUCGAACUGGGCUGAUAGUGUCUGAAUGGUGCGACUGAAGAGGACUCAGAAAUGUCUUCUGUGCAAUCUGACGGAGUUAUGAUGCCGCACAUCAGACAAUAUGGAGACAAAAAACAAAAAACAUUGAAUGUCUGUGACUGUUUAAUUAACAAACUGUGAAAAAUGAAUGAAUGAAUGAAUGAAUGAAUGAAUGAAUGAAUGCCCUUUAUUGUCGUUCUGCAGCGUACAGCGAGAUCAGAGAGCUUCUCCUCUUUUCAGUGCAAGUAAAAAACAAAAAAAACAAAAUAAAGUGCAAAAUUGCUCAGUUAACUACAAAGAUAAAAAAAAGGAUAAAUAUACAAAAAGAAACCAAAGAUUUAAGACGUAUUGCACGAGAUGAUGGUUACCUGUCCAGGUGAACCUGCCUUCACCCUGAGUCAGCUGGGAUAGACUCCGCCCCCCUGCGACCCCAGUGAGGGUUAAGGUGUAGAGAUGAUGGAUGUAUAUUUACAUACAGAUGAUGGAUAUCUACAUCGUGCACAUGGUGGAGGAGUCUUGCUGAGGCAGAGAGGAUGUUUUACAUGUGACAGUUCAUGAUGGUGGCGGCUCUCAGACAGAAACUGUUCCUCAGUCUGUUGGUCUUUGCUUUGGAGCCUCUGUAGCGCCUCCCAGAGGGCAGCAGCUCAACCAGCUGAGAACCAGGGUGUGAACUGUCCUUGGUGAUGCUGCGAGCUCUGCUGAGGUACCGGGUGGUGUAACCGUCUGUCAGGGAGGGAGAGGGCCUCCGACUGUCCUCUGAAGCCUCGGUGCAGCUCCAGGUGGAGGCGCAGGACGUCAGCAGGCUCUCCAUGGCCCAGCGAUAGAAGGCCAGCAGCAGCUUCCUGUCCAGCUUGUUCUUCCUGAGGACUCUCAGGAAGUGCAGAUGCUGCUGGGCCUUCUUCAUGGCAGCUGAGGUAUUGUCUGACCAAGAGAGGUCAUCAGAGAUCUGGACUCCCAGGAACCUGAAGGUGUAGACUCUCUCCACACACUCGCUGUUGAUGUAGAGGGGGGGCGGGUCGGUUCUGUUCCUCCUGAAGUCCACGAUGAUCUCCUUGGUCUUCGCCGUGCUCAGUGCCAGGUUGUGGUCUGAGCACCAGGUCGAGAGCUUCUGGACCUCCUCUCUGUAAGCGGACUCAUCUCCCCUCGAGACCAGUCCGACCACCGUGGUGUCGUCAGCGAAUGUGAUGAUGAUGUUGUGUUUGUGGGCUGGACUAGAUGCAGAGACGGUACAGGAGGGGCUCAGCAGCAGCCCUGUGGUGACCCGGUGCUCAGCGUGCGGCUGGAGGACAGGUGGAGGCCACGCCUCACAGUCUGGGGUCUGUUGGUCCAGAAGUCCUUUGUCCAGGUGCAGGUGAGAGGGGGAGGCCCAGGGAGUCCAGUCUGGUGAUCAGAAUGUUCUGGAUGAUGGGGUUAAAGGCCGAGCUGUAGUCCACAAACAGCAUCCUGGCACAGCGCUGCUGCUGGUCCAGCUGGGGGGGAGACAGUCCUUGAUGUGCUGGAGAACCUUCAUACGAACCGGUGUGAGGGCAACAGGGCGGUACUCACUAAGGCUGGUGGGGGGGACUUUUUUGGGAUUAUUGUGUCAGAUGUCAGGCAGGUGGGAGACUGCUUGGGCCUCAGACAGGUGGAAGAUCCUGCCUUCUAGCUGUGAGGCGCUAACGGUGCUAACCACCGAGACACCUGCAGCCGCCAGAGUUACCAAUAUCAUAGAAAUAAUUGCUCCACAUGCUGAGAUAUUUAAUGAUUUAGGUUUUUGUGUUUUCUUCACUGCUGUGCACAUGGACUCCAGAGAGACGCCUCAGUGAGCUCAAUGCAUCCUUCAUUCCUCUGGAUGGCUUUUUAAAGCCACGCUGCAUUCAUUACAUUGAUCAGUUCCCUCCUAAUCCCACUAAUGAUUUCCCUUCUUGUCUCGUCUCCUUUGCAUAAACACAGCCUGCAGCUCAUCCAGACAGGCUGCAGACAUUUUGUUUAUCACAGGAUCUGGAGCGAAUGCUUUGUGUUGGUGAAUUAUUAAAUGAGAUACUGUGGACAGGCAGUGAUUCUGAUAAACAAAAUGUCAAAGCUUCUCACAGUUUAUUUAUUUUUUAGCUCCAUAGAUGUUCCCUGUUUAUGUUCAAUGAGUGAAAAGGACAGGAUUUGUUAUGUGCAGGCUGUGAGUGUGAAGAUAUAUAUCCAUGAGGCACCAUUUAUUGCUGCGUGUCUUUACUGUUAAUGAGCUGUUUCUGGAUCUGAUUCUGAUUCUUUUAGUUGUUUUAUCCUCCAGCUGUGUGAUAACGUUGUUCUUCCUUCACAUUAAAACUGUAAGUUUAAAAGAAUAAAAAGCUUUUGUGAUGAUGGAAGAGCGGCUUGUUUGUUUGUUUGUUUGUUUGUUUGUGUUCUAAGUUGGACUGAUGCAGCUGCUGCCCGUCCUGCUGACUCCUACCAGUGAUGAUAAAACACAAACACCUGUUCCCAUGAUGCACCGCUUUUAUUUGGGUUGUACUGUUGAUUUUAGUCGUGAUAAUAAUAAUAAACAACAUGUCUUCA